CAUCUAUGCUGGUCCCGGGUUAGUUGGUUCGUUCUGGUUAGUUUAAUUUUGGAAGGAGGGGUUAUUAUAAUUACAAUUAUUCGUGAAAGCCAAACUUUGACAGAGAAAUGAGAUAUGUUGGAGCUCGGAGUGAGGGUUGUUCGGGGGCCCGAUUGGGAAUGGGGCAACCAAGACGGAGGGGAAGGCUUUGUAGGAACUGUUGUCAAAAUUGGCAGGCCAGGCUCAACUAUUUCUCCAGAGAAUACUGUUGUAGUUAUUUGGGAUACUGGCGUAGAAACCAAUUAUAGGGUUGGAUAUGAUGGUUCUUAUGAUCUCAGACUUUUGGAUAAUGCUCCUGCAGGUGUGAAACAUCAUAACAUCAUUUGUGACGGAUGUCAUUCUAAGGGUAUAUCUGGUCUCAGGUUCAAGUGCACGAGGUGUUAUGAUUUUGACCUAUGUCUUCAAUGCUAUAUGGCAGACAAGCAUGAUUUGUCACAUGUCUUCCAGAGAUUUGAUACUUAUAAUUCAGUUGGGGUUGAGCUACCACCCCGACAAGGAUCUACAAAAAUUUUAUUACGCGGUAUAUUUAUUGGUGCAAUUGUUCAGCGAGGUAAUAACUGGGAUUGGGGGGACCAAGAUGGUGGACCAGGUAAAAAGGGAAGAGUUCUCGAUAUACGGGGUUGGGGAAAUGAAUCUUGGAGAUCAGUGGCCAAUGUCGCGUGGAGUUCUGGAUAUACCAAUAUGUAUAGCGUUGGUCACAAAGGUAGAGUUGAUCUAUUAUGUGUUGAACCAGCUGUUGGAGGGCAUUAUUAUCGUUCACAUCUACCAAUACUUGGUGAAAAAACUGAGGAACAUGAUAGUCAUCAAGAUUCCAACCUGACUUUUAUAGUUGGUGAGAGUGUUAGUGUGACUGUGGAUGUGGAGGCUCUGAAAAAGAUGCAAGAAGGGCAUGGCGGAUGGAAUCCUCGUAUGUCUCAGAUUGUUGGUGAAAUCGGAAUCGUGCAUAGAUUUACAGAAAAAGGCGAUAUUCGUGUAUAUUAUCCUACAUUGGAUUGCCGGUGGACUUUAAACCCAAGUGUGAUGAAGAAGGUUGGCCGUCCUCAUUCUGUUGGAGACAAAGUGAAGAUUUUGAAUGACCAAAAAAUAGUUGAGCUGUUCCAAGCAGGACAUGGGGAGUGGAUAUCAGCAAUGACAUCAAUAUUGGGUAAAGUGGGUAGGAUAGUCCAAGUUUAUAAAGAUGGUGAUUUAAGGGUCACUGUAGAAGGACAAACAUGGACGCUAAAUCCUAACAAUAUAGAACCUGUAUCAGAAUGUGUCAAUACUAACACACCAAGUCCUCGCCAUCAUGGAGAUUCUGUGUCUUGCUUACUUUCAAGUUUAAUGGAGAAUAAACUUGAAUUGGAAUCCGGUCCAUCCAUCGAAAGUAUUGUUAAAGAAGCUGCUAAAGGAAAUUCUCAAGUUGUUUUAGACUUUAUGAAAUUGCAUCCUAUUUUGAUUGAUGGCAAGUUGAAUAACAAGACAUGUCUUCAAGUAGCGAGCCAUCAAGGUCAUGCUGCUUUGGUUACAUCUCUUCUUGCUUUGGGAGCUGAUUUUAAUAUAUCUGAUGACGAAGGUGAUAAAGCUCUUCAUUAUGCAGCUUUUGGCGAACAGGCAGAAGUAAUAGAUUUACUCCUGACUGCUGGAGCUGAUCCUAAUGCUGUUAACAAUAGUCUCAGCUCCCCUCUCCACGUAGCAGUAAGCAGGCAGAAUUUACCCUGUAUCAAGGCUCUUCUUAAUGCAAAAGCAAAUGUUAAUCUUCAGGAUUCUUAUGGUGAUACAGUAUUGCAUGAUGCCAUUGGUAAUGAAGUUAAUGAAGCUGUCGAACUGCUUUGUAAUACUCCUGGAUUAGAUUUAUCUCUUAAAAACAAACGCGGUUUCAACCCUCUUCAUCAUGCUGCCUUGAAAGGAAAUUUAUUUGCUACCGAUAAGCUGAUUAGUCGUGCUCGACAGUUGGUUGAUGUAAAAAAAGAUGAUGGGUUUGCUGCGCUGCACCUAGCAGCUUUUAAUGGCCACCGAGCCGUUGUCGAAAGCCUAGUUACUGAUGGAAAAGCAACUCUAGAUCUUUUCACUUACAGAAAACAAACACCGCUCAUGUUGGCUGUUUCUCAGGGACAUAGUGCUGUAAUAGAGUUUCUAGUUGGUUCUGGUUCGAAUCUCGCUCUUAUGGAUGAAGAUGGUGAUACUUGUCUUCAUUUUGCACUAAUGAAGAGAUCAACAAUAGCUGCACCAAUACCAGAAGCAGAGGCACCAACAAUAUUUGGGAUUUGGGAAGAAGUGAGAGAAAGUAAUCCUCAGUUGGCAAAUGAAAGUAUUGGUAUUGCGAUAGCCUGUUAUCUUGUUCAAGAAGGUUGUCCAAUGUUAAAGAACAGCAAAAAUAAAACACCAUUAGACAUUGUUGAGGGAACUGAUAUAGGUCCAAUUCUUAAACAGUAUGUCAACAAUGGUUCAAAGGAAGACAAGAAAAAGAAAGACAAGAGGCCAGUUGAAUGUGGUGUUUGCUCUGAAUUGAGUGAGGAAAAUGUUCGCCUUGAUCCAUGUGGUCACAGGAUAGCUUGCGAAGACUGUUCAGCUAGGCUCAAAAAGUGUAUUAAAUGCUCAACAAUAAUUAAUUGCCGCCUUUCAAAUGAUGGUCGUGUAAUCUCUUAUAGACCUCGACAACCAACUGCUGAAUGCUUGCGUUACUUAGAGACCAAAAUAGCUGAAAUAGAAGAAACACACUCAUGUUCAAUAUGCAUGGAAAGACGAAGAAAUGUUGCAUUUCUUUGUGGUCAUGGAGCUUGUGAUAAGUGUGCUGCUCCACUGCGUUCUUGUCAUAUGUGUAGGAAAACGAUUACGAAAAAGAUUAAUCUGUAUUAGGAUACUGUCUCCCAUGUACUUAAUUAAUUGCCAAAUGUGCUGUUUAAACUAUUUUUUCCAUUUUAGUUAACUAAGGGAAUCAGGUAUAAUAAUAUAAAGAAAUUAAGAUUACAUUACCAAAGUAGUGAUUGAACAUGUUUUCCCUUGAUCUGUAUAUAAUAAUUUUAGUAUUAUAUUUUUAAAGGCCUACUUAAUGAAUUUUGUACUGAUAAGUAAAUAUUUUAUGUGGCACUUUUUAAAGUGUUAUGAAUUAUCUAGGAAAUGUACAAAAAAUAUUUUAUUAAAUAUAGUUAAAUUUUAGCUGUGUCAUUGUGAUAAAUUUCUGAGUUAAUGCAUUUAUGUUUUAUAAUCAAGCGUUAAUAAUUAAAAACUUUUAUUAUUUGUUCCAUACUUCAUAAUAUUCAUUAGAUCCUUUAUGGCAAUCUUACAUUCGUUUGAGGAAUGUUACGUCACUUCAAACUUGAUGUAUGAAUUAUUAUCCGAAAGAUGAUUGUAAUAAUAGGUUAAGAUUUUUUUAUUUAAAAGAGAUUAUGAUAUUUUAUAUUUAUAUAUUAUUAGCUAAAUUAUUAGUUUAAGAUGGUGUACAGAAUAUAUCUUUCAUCACAGAUGCUGUUAACUCGUUACCUCAUAUUCCUUGUCUAUCUAGUCAUUAACCGAUGUUUAAACAAAUGUAUAAUACUUUAUAUUAUGAAAUCGUCUAAAAAUGAGAAUAUGUAGAUCAAUUACUAGAUGAUAUCUCAAAAAUCUGAUUAUAUAUGUAUCCUGAUUAAUUAAUAUGUAUUCAUAAAUAGAGAAGUAUAAUUUUUAUGGAAAAAAAAUCUAUUUGUUUGAUCAAUUCAUUUUUCUAUUUGGUAAUAAAAAUGUUUCAAGGUA